UGCACUAACACUACAGACCUAUAUGCAUUAGCGUCUGUGGGGCGCUUCUUUCCAACAUAUGAAACGCCGCUUUGUCCCUCGGGGUAAGAGAAAAAUUAUAGAAACGGUCCUCAACACGAAUUCUAAGCAAGAUCAUGGCCUCCUCGCAUCUAGUGAAAACUGCACAAAAGAGUAAAUGCAAACUCAUGAUUUUAUAACAAAAGGUGAGAGUUAUAUAUCCAACUAAAAACAGCCAAAUAUUAUCCCGAAUGAGGUCGGUGAAUUUCGAGUGAUUACUGUUAGAUGAAUCUUGGUGGAAUCAUUCGCUAUGGGAAAUUCUCAAGAUUGCUUCUCGUGUUUUGAAACGCCAAACAUUAUUGUAGCCUUAAAGACGGGUGAUACCCGUGGCUCGUCGCUCCACAACUGCGCGUACCUGACUUUAAUAGACGCGAAUGGCAAGGAGUCUAAGGAAUACUGCUUAAGCGGGUGCUGUGUUUCGGUAUUUAAACGAGGUCACACAGACGUUUUCACGUUUAGCACGGAGCUGAAAAUAGGGCCCAUCAAAAAAAUUCGACUCGCUAGAAGCGAGCUGCAUGAUCGCAAAUGCGUCGACUGGUUCGUCGAGAAAGUGGAAAUUCGCAGGUAUUUUGAGAGUGGUGAGCGCGAAGAUCUAGUGUUCCCGGUGCAUCGAUGGAUACGGAACAGAAGGCCCAUCACUAUUACCAUGCACGACACACUGCUACAGCAGGAUGACGACGAGCCCGAGCAAAGGGAAACAGAAUUGUUUUGGAAGAGAACUAUGUAUAGGUACCACCGACGAGCCCCGUGCAUCCCCCCACAGAUCAGCGUGUUCCCAAAGGACGAAGUAUUUAGCGGAAAUUACAAAUGGGAUGUCGUGGUCCGAAAGCAGACUUUAAAGUCAAAGUACAAGCUGCCUACGUAUGGAAACAAGCCAUGGGAAAAUCUCUACGAGUUUGAUGAUAUUUAUGGGAAAAAGAUCAGCACACCGGCGGGCCGGCAUCUAUGGCGGGAUGAUCGUCAUUUUGGCAUGCAAAGGCUCAUGGGUUGCUGCCCGAUUCUCAUUUCUUUGUGCAAAGAAAUCCCUGUCAAUUUUGCUGUGACGUCAGAAAUGGUCUUGCCGUUUUUAGAGGGACUGGAACUAGACAAGGCGCUGGAGGACAAUCGAAUAUUCAUCGUCAACCUUCAUGAAAUCAGCAAAAUACAGCUUGACAACAAUCGAAAGGUGUGUUCACCGUUUGCCUUGUUCUUUCUAAACAAUAACAAAGAACUGAUGCCUAUCGCGAUACAGCUUUUUCAAGAAAAGUCUGCCAAUAACCCGGUUUUUCUUCCAGGCGACCCUUGGUACACAUGGAGUCUUGCCAAGAUGUGGUUCAACCACGCCGAGGCUCAGUAUCACCGCGCAUGUGCACUCAUAGGGUUUACACAUCUUGUGAUCGAAUCAAUCGCUAUAGCAACACACCGCCAGCUGUCGCCAUCGCAUCCCAUUUUCCGACUACUGGCUCCCUUCAUCCGUGACAUAAUAGCUAUAAAUAGCUUUGAAGUGAACGAGCUCCUCGCCCCAGGCUCUUGGCUUGACAGCAGCACUUCUCUAGGCUCGAAAGGAAUUGUGGAUCUUCUCCAAGUCAGUUUUCAGGACUGGAGACUCGAUUUACAUGGGUGUCUGCCAAAAGACCUUGAGCGGAGAGGGGUGGCUGACCAGAACAUACUUCCGGUUUAUCCCUACCGUGAUGACGCCUUACUCCUGUACCAGGCGGUGGAAAGUUACGUGACAGCCGUCGUCACGCAACAUUAUACCAGUCAAGAUAUUCUGACGAGUGAUUCUGAGUUGGCCGAGUGGGCGAAAGAUUUAGCUCAGGAGGGAAAUGACGGAUGCGGCAUAAAGGGAAUUCCAGGGGACGGCACCCUAAGCUCAAUAACCGAUCUCAUCACCUUGCUGACCUGCAUAAUCUUCACGAGUACCGUCAGCAACUCGGCAACAAACACCCCGCAGUACGAAGAGUACGGCUUCCUUCCCAACUACCCUUCCCUGUUGCUAGGGGACCCGCCCAGAGAUAAGGCUUGGAGAGAAGAAAGUGAUAUCUUACAGUGCCUUCCGCCAAAGCAAACUUGCCUCGAUAUCAUGCUUGUCACCAAACUCCUGGCCGAGCGUCGGCGCUAUGGUUUCUCCAACAUGCGUCUUCGGUACCAGUCCAUCCCGGAAGAGGUCAAGGCUUUUGAAAGGUUCUUAGACGAGCUCAAAGGAAUUUCACAUAGCAUCCAAGACCACAACCGCAAGCGCGGAAUAGUCUACGACUACCUCAACCCAUUCCAGCAAUCGGAUUAAAAAGUUUAUCUACACAAGACAACCAAAUUCAUUAAUUGGGUAAACAGGACUCUAGCCUUAGUAGCUAGACGGCGGAAAUAUUUCUUUCUUCACCACUUAAGAGAUGAGAAAGUAAGUGUGUUAACACAUGGCAGCUAUUCAGUGCUGCGCCGACUUUCGAUUACUCCGUGAGACACCAAGAAUUCUUAGACCGAAUAGUUUAGAGAGUCCAGGUUUGCUCAUAGUUAUUUCAAAGCUAUGGAAGGGAGCUAGCGGGCCUAGCUUUAAUUAAGGUUAUUUUCGUAGUCAUUUUCCUGUUUUUGUGCUUGAAAGGCGGCAGGACCUUCAUUAUAAUUUCACUUGGAAUGUACUCAGUAAAUUCGUAAAGAAGAAAUCAAGUGAUAUCAUCAUAACAAACAAUACAAGGAGUCCCGCGAAUAGGGCAUGGUUUCUUAGAGCAUAUAAUUCAAUUUUCCCUAGUUCAUAUUGAAGGUUCACAGACACUCCGUUAGGGGGUAAAAGUAUUAUUGACUAAUGUAGGGUUAGGAAUAUUUAUCUAAUUAACUCGUUUGGGUAAUACAGCAGCCUGAACCCAGGCGUUCUAAUCGAUUUUCCCGUCGUUGGGUUUCCUGUGAAUGGUAAGAGAUGUGACGUCACAGCAAAUCCCCCAUGGUGCCUCACGGUUGAUCUCCGAGUACAGGGGACCCGGUAAGAACGCCCGGGAGUCAAAUUUCAGAGACGGCUGCAUCCUACCAUACAAUGACAAAAAGCAACGAAAGUGUCCCUCUAAGGUUCCAGUAAAUUUUCACCCACAACAAGUUACUUUCGACAACACCCACGUUUUUUCUUUCACCUCUAUUUUUAUAGAAAUAGUAUUUCCUUCAUUUAAUAGAAAUAGUAUACACUAUUUCUUUCAUUUUCAUUGCUUCUAAAUUGCCGAUGAUUUCAUUAAUAUAAGUUUGAAUAAGAUGUCCACACGGCUCUCGUACCCAAAUGGUAAAUAAAUCUAAGUGGAAAACGUAACCAUGAUUUAAAUUAGUUUUAAUUAUUAAUUCAUAUAUGGUUUUAGAUAACAAUUAAGGGAUGUGAUUUUAGAAAUCAAAUAAAAUGCUAAGGUAAUGUAAAACAUUAAAUAUUGAUUAAUUUUUAAUUAUAUAAUCAUGCCAUAUUGUUGACAAGUGUGCAAUUAUUAUAGUGAGGUCAGAUGAUCAAUGUAGUUUUUUUUUAUUAAUAAACAUCUUCCAUUCAA